UUCUGGAGGGACCAUUUUAGGGUUUUCUCACAAAGUUUAUAGUUUUAGACUGCAGUUGCAAUUUUUUUUCACAAAAAAAAUAUAUCUAACCAUACAAUUAAUCAUUUUGUAAUUAUUCAAACCAUUGACAUUUUUGUUGAUUUCCAACGAACAAGCUAGCUAUCGAAAAGUUUCAGCGUGUGUAGUUACGUUAGCCUGCUAACGUCUUCAUAGCUAGAAGCAUGGAAUCAGGAAAUUACCAAACUGUUGCUGAGAUAAUGGAUGUUGAAACUUCCAAGGAGAAAAGAGGCAUUGUUGAAACUCAUAUUCUUGCAGUGUAAAAAAGGGGGGUGAAUGCGAUUCAUACCCGAAUACCCCAACCAAGGAUCAACUUCCAAAGAAGCUGAGAAGUGAACCAUCAAUGAGCCAGCUACAGGACAACAUCGUCCGCAUCCUCACGGCUAAAAUCAAAGAGAGCGCAGAUAACAUCAUGAAUUUGGUGUAAAAGAACACUGUCAGUAUCGUUAACCUGAAGAAAUCGAUUGAUUUCAGUGCUGAGGAAGUAAAAACUCUGAAGCAGCAGAACGCAACAUUGAACAUUCAGGUUGCAAAGCAGGAGAAGAAACUCACUGAAAUGGAGUCAAAGGUAAACGAGAAUGACCGGUAUAGUCGGAGAUGGACUCUUAGAAUUUAUGGAAUAGCAGAAAAAUCUGACUAACAUCAAAGCAAGAGUGAAGGACAUUUGCUGGGCAAUAGUCCCCGAGGAGGAGCAAAAUGUUGUUGCAGGUUCUCUGGAUGUAGUGCACCGCCUGGGUAGGCUGAGAGAUGGGGAAAACAACCAGCCACCACGACCAGUGAUCAUGAGAUUCAUCUCCAGGACAGCGAGGGAUAUGACAUGGAAAAGUGCAAAGAAAAAUUACUAUUUAAAGAAGAACAACCUGAGGUUCAAGGAGGAUCUGACAGCAUUUGACAAAGAAGCUCGGAAUCCUCUGUGGCUGACGCCUAGUUUGUUGACUGCUGGAUUUAUCAAGUGAGUUGUGACUUGAACUCUUGGACCGAACACUGGGACUCUGAUUUCAGCCAUAGGGACUUGUGACUCGACUCUUGACUCAAACAUUGGUGACUUUGACUCAACUCAGAGUUAGUGAAAGGGUCUUGUGAAUUGACUCGGACGUAUGCUAAAGUGACUCGACUACAACACUGCUGCCAUUACAUGGCUACUACUACUGCUACAGCUACAACUAACAAUUCUGGCAAGGGGUACCCCAUCUUGGAUACUCUUUUCUGCUGCUCCCUCAAAAGCAUUAAGCAGACAUUUUGAUUAUACCUCCCUCCCCACAACUCCCUGUUGGGGUGAGUCUAUCUACAAAUAAACGCAGCAAGAAGAUUACAACAGCUAACACAGGAAGCUGAAAUCCGGGGGUCCGCCUUAUGUUCCCUCAGUUCUGCCCCGUUUUGAAAAGGUGCUUUUCAUUCAUGACCAGGCCAUGUUUCGGCCAUUGUGCCGCACCAGGCAAGACAAUUGCAGACCUUAUCCAAUCCGGCAAAUAAAUAGGCCUAUAGUGUACAGUGUCGGCCUAUAAUGUCAUUUUAUAUCUAUGCCUCCCUAGUCCUGAUUCCUUAUAGGGACUUGUCCUUUAAGAUAUGAACUUCAGCUACCCAAGUUUAUAAUGAGGUUUCUUGAGGCUUUUCGCAAAGACAUCAAUGUUGAUGUAAAGGCCUACGUCUUCACAGCAGUACAAACCUGAAAUCACUUAUUAUCAUUACAUUUUAUUCCACAUAGUGAAACCAGAGGUCUAGUGGAGGGUAAAUGCAAAUAGGAUUUUAAAAAGGCCUGUUAUGAGAGAGUGAGAGAUGGCUGUUAAUAUUGCUAGGCUGUUUGGUCUGGGGGUAGGUAGUGAACCUGAUUGCUGAGGGGUUAGGUUGCUAGUUAGAAUCUUAACCUGCCAUAAACUACUUUGUGUCAGCAAGUCUCCCCAGUGAAACAUGUCCAUAUCCACCACUCCAUCUCUCAUGUACAGACCAUUCAAGUAGCUGCACUUAACACCUCACUGAUACCGAUUGUGUAAGCUACAAACCCAAAAUGUCUAAGGAAAUGUAGCUAACAGUAAUAACAUUGCACACAUAUUCAGAAAUCUGGGUUGAUGGAAUCAUUGGUAUGCAGGUCUACUCUCCAUUAUUUCCCGCUCAUGAACCUGCCCCUCCCCCACUGCAGAGUGCACAAAAGUACCAAACUACCAGAGGUUUCACAGGUCAACACAGUUCCCCUCCAUCAUGCUGCAGUGACUAAUCUCUGCCAGGGUUGCCAUGUACGCUAUUUGGUAUUUUAUGGAGGUACUUUUAAAACUUUGCUGCAGGUGAAAAGUUUUGGUCGCUGGGUGCAAGUUUUUAUACUACUUCUAUAUUGCAACGUUACCAACAUGGUAUUUUAAAAAAUCCAUACAUUUCCCUGUAAUCUGCUGAAAUGGUGAUAGUUUUCAGGCUUUGAAGGAAUGUUUCGAGUAGAACUCCUCGAAAAUUGAAAUUCACCUGGCAAGCCUGUCUCUGCCUUGAGCAUGAUCACAACUAAAGUAGCUGUGAAACACGUUUUUUAAGGAAGAGAAGGAAGGUUGCAGACGUUGGCAAUCAUGCAAGAACGUAAGCUAUUAACUAAACUGUUAACCAAUAUUUGAGCUAAAAUUGUAUUUGUUGUAUUGGCAAGCAAUGUAUGUUCCCGUUGUCUUUAUUUGUAAUUAUUUGUAAUUCUGUCUUUCGGUGGAAUCCAACAUGCAUUGACAACAUCCGAAACCUGCAUUGUGUCAGAUAUUCUGACUGCAUCAUGAGAUUGAAAUUGAGGCUAAGAAGACGCAUGGAAACUCUAAAAGAUGCAUCAUUUGAAAAGGAAAUUAUACAUCCUGAAGCUCAGAUGUCAGACACCGAGGCUGCCAGCAGUACCUCUGGGUCGAUAGUCAAUGUGUUGGAUGAUGCACCGCCAUUGAUCAGAACAGACAGUGUAUACUUGACCAAAGCUAUGCAUGGAUACAAUACUGAUGACUCAAUAACCAGUAUUGACAACAGUGUAGAUGGUUAUGUCCCAGGAUCAUCAGAGGAAGGCAAUGUCUAUGAAGAAAAUCUGACAGGAGAGAUGUCAGUGAUUUGGGCCAAACAGCCAAUGACCAAGGGAGCGCUGGGAGAGAGGAGAGGCUCACACGAGGCUCAGUGGGGUUGGAAAACAGCGCCCCUUGUGUUCAGUGCCUGUAUUACCGAAUAUCCUGGGUUGUCACGAGAAACACGUUUGAGUGGGUUUUCUACAGUCUGGUGUAUGUUGACACAAUAUGGAGAAUGCAUAGGCUGCAAACCAGCAUGACUAUCACGCAUAAACUAUAGACGAGUUUCACUCACUACUGCAGUUUGGAGUUAGUUAUGGGGCAUACUUGAACUCUUUAAGGGAACAUGAACAUUUCUACUCCUGCAAAUUGUGACUAAUAUCCCCAAUCAAAUUCUACGAGAUGGGUUUUUGAAUGCAGUACUGUAUUUUCAUUGAAAUGGCAGAUAUUUUCUGAAUUCACACAAAAAUGUAUGUAAUUAUUUUACUAUUUUGUUUCAAAUGGUCCCUCUGGCAUGCAUAUUUAUGUAUGAUUUAAGACAUGUGUUUGAAUCCCACCCCCUUGAUAUUUUGAAGUUCAUUUUAGUCCUCCUCCUUGCAUGUUUUGUUCCAUACCUUUGCCUUGGAGAAAACAACUAUAGCCCUCCAAGUCUAAUACACUAUACACACCAGCAGCCUACAGUGUUAACUUAUUGAGAAUGUAUAUCAUUGCACUUAACAUUCAAACUCUUCAGAUCUUAACCGGAUCAAACUGUAAUGUUAAUAUAUUACCCUAAGUCAAACUGGUUUUGGCGUCUUAGACUCAAAAUGUUGUUUUCUCCUCGUAUUAAAAACACUGUUUCAUCGUUUGGAUUAAAAACACUGGGUAUUUGUUUUGAA